AAGAAACUCUCGUCGGAAGAAUUCGCCCAAGAGGUACGACGAGAUAUUAAUGACCGACACACUUACGAACCGAUUCAUUACGGGAUGGACACCUCUCACAUGGUGGACACAGACAUGUCACACCUUUCUAUAGUUGCACCAAACGGUGAUGCAGUAGCAGUGUCGUCUUCCAUCAACUCCCAGUUUGGAAGUAAACGAGCAUCUCUGUCAACGGGUAUUAUUUUUAACAAUGCAAUGAACACCUUUACCUCUCUGGACGUCUCCAUUACUAACGGUUUUCCAACAUCGAUCCACAACAAAAUAUCACCAGAAAAACGACCACUUUCUUCAAUGUCUCCAACGAUAGUGGUAGACGGUAACGGAGAAAUUAGACUUGUAAUAGGAGGUACAGGAGGCAGCAAAAUAACUACAGCAACUGCUUUUGUUACCACGUUAAACUUGUGGGCAGGAAAGGAUAUUAACGAAGCUACUAAUACCCCACGUAUCCAUCACCAACUGAUUCCCAAUAUCAUCGAAUACGAAUCGAACUUCUCCAAGGAAGUACUAGAGGGGCUUAAGCUAAGAGGUCACGAAGUUCGGGGGAUGUCAGAUUCAAAGUCUGGUAUCAUGUCCAUUGCUCGAGGACCAACUGGGCAAUUAUACGCCAGUUCUGAUUACCGGAGAGGAGGGAAAACCGACGGGUUCUAAAGCGACACCUACCGUGUUGAACUGUAUGGAAAAGACAACGCCAGUAUAAGAGAAGGAGGUCUUAAACAAGCCACUCCUACGUUUUUAUCGUCUGCAGUGUUUUAAAAUUUAUAUAAUAAUAUAAUUCAUCGUACCGACAGCUAAGGUUCUUCAAUUUGUUCUAGUUUUACAGGCGGUGUGCACAUGCGCAUGACAUUUUAUAUAGAUAACUUCCAAGAUGGCCGCCAUCGGAACCGAUAAGCUAGGCUAUUGAGACACCUUAUUCAUGAUUGUGAUAUUAAUGUAAUCGUGUAAAAAUUAUUUAGAUUAUUUAAUUAUCAAACUGUGAUUUUGAUGUAUAUAUAUGUAUAAUUUCAGGUUUAUUUAUUUUAUAAUCAAAAAUCAACGUUCAAUUUUGGAACAUUAUUGUAAUCUUCGCACUAUGAUUGUUGUUAUUGUGUAUUUAUAUUAAUGAGAAUCGUUAUAGUUCAAAUUAUUCAAUAUCUAAGCAAGUUUAUUUUGUUUUCGUUUGAAUUUCGCGAAAACUUACUCGAGAGAUAUCUGUGCUAGUUGUCCCUAAUUUAGCGAUGAUAGUUUGUUUGUUUGAAAUUAAGCACAAAGCUA